AUGGAUGGUUGGAAGAAAGGCUCUCAGAAUUUAUUCCCCAGUGACGGUGAUGUCCCCGCCCUUCCAGAUCUCGACGGUAUUGGCGCGAUCCCCAAGGACCUCCAAGACAAAGACCUUAAGAAGUGCGACACCGGCAUCUCUUACGACAACUAUGGAGACCUGCCCAAGCUUUGGUACGACUCUGGAGCUGAGCAGUGGGCAGGUGCGUACAUCAAGUCUCAGAAGGAUCACACCAACUGGGCGCAGAACCUUUAUCGCAAUCUGUUUGCGAAGAAGGAUUACACUAAGUUCUCUUGUGUUACGCCCAACGCUCGAUGUGACUUUGAGGCCUCUUGCGCUGAGUUCAACAAGAUUGGCAAGGGGGGACUUUACUACCUCUUCCCCAAGAUCGCUCUAUCCCUUGCAACCGUCUCUGAGAUGAGACUUACCCUUGACAUCAAGAGUGGCCUUCCCCAAACAACCAUCAACAUAGGUAGCGUUCUCGGUUCGGCCUUCAACAUGGCCAGCGCCGUCGCCGCGCCACUCCCCGGUAUCGGUGGUCCUCUUGCAGGUAUGUCCGGCCUAGCUAGUAUGAUCGGAAGCUUCACAAGUACAGUUGGUGGCAACGAUAAUGCCGUUGACGUGACCGACACUCUGACUUUUUCGGUCAAGACCGCAGCAGCCAAGGGCAAGAGAAAGAUUACCGAUAUUGUAUCUUCAGUGUACGGUGACUUUGGACAUACGCAGGCCGAUCUUCCCAAGACAAUGCUGGUUGGAUGCGCUGAUAACCCGGCCAUCAAGGUCUUUGGCUAUGGUGCGUGGUUGAGAGAUAACGAUCUCACUGACCUAAGCGGCGCCGUGGAGCGUAUGUCCGACAAAAUGAACCAAGCUCUUCUGUGGCAGAUGGCCAGACUCUUCAAGGAUUUCUACGUCGUGAUCCGAGACGAUCUCCUCACCAACAAAUGCACCGACCCCAACAACGCAUGGGAUGACCGAACCAACCGCUGUCUCGACAUCCUCUCUUGGUGGCCAAAGUCCGCAUCUGGCCGCGUCGGCGGCGAUCUCGCCAUGGAGAAAGUCUGGGCCAAAUGGAACAUGUCCCCCCUCUGA